GGCCGGUCCUUCUGUAUGCCACUCACCGAUCUAUCGAUUGCGGAGGCGAAGCAAGUGUUCGAUCUGAACUUCUGGGCCAUUCUCCGGAUGUCACAGAUAUUCUUUCCGCUUCUGCAACAAGCUGCCCGAAUGAACGGGUGUGCUCUUCUUGUAAAUCAGACCUCCGUCAGCAGCAUCGGAGGUGCUCCCUUUUUCAGUGCCUACAACACUUCGAAGGCCGCAGCAGCAAUGCUCGUCCACGACCUCCGCCUCGAGCUGGCACCGUUCGGCAUCGAAGUGAUCGAAUUGAAAACCGGUGCAGUGAAGACCAACAUUCACGAAAACGAUCCCGUCUGUCAGUUACCGCCAGGAUCUCCCUAUACACCCAUCCAUGAAGAGAUUGCAAAGUUUUCAAAGGGCGACGACAUGAUUAUGAACGCACAGGAUCCGAUGAUAUGGGCCGGAAACGUCGUCACUGAUCUGAAUAAACCCACGCCGCCUAACAUCAUCUGGCGAGGAACAUAUGCUUCUCGGGUCAGAUUGGCGUCUAUCUUGCCGGUGAGUGUGUUUGAUUCGACAUUCAGGAGAGUCUCGAAAUUGGAUGUCCUUGAACAAAAGCUGGAAGCAACCCACGCGAACGGGACACAGGCUUAAACUCGAAACAGCGUCACGGGGCGCCAAUAUCAAUGUAUCUUUCAGGGAUCAGAAGGCAAAGAUCCGAGAUCAUCGAGCUCAUUCUCACACAGUAAGAGAAUAGCAACAACAGUUUCUCGAAUUUGAUAGGGAGUGGCAGCGGGGAGACGAAAGUCAGGAUCAGGACGAGACCCCAAAAAUAAGAUGCCUCCAAGCACACCCUUCUGUAAGCUUAAUAGGCAUCCCCACGGCCUCCCUAGCCCUUCAACCAUAACCUCGACCAGGUCUACUACAUUCUUCCAUUGCUC